UUUUAUAAUCUUAUUUUGUUUAUAAUUAUCUUAUUAUCGAUUGUUGGCACCAUCUUUUGAUGCGAGCGAAUCUAACCACACUUUCUCGUGUCCCGCAACAUUUUUCUGAUAAACACUUCAAAAUUCCGCAAUAAAAAUGUUAAAACUACAAAAUUUCAAACGAAUACUCCAACAAAAUGAUAAACUACAAAGAUGUUUAUGCAGUGCAGCACCGAAAGACCCGAAAACAUCCAUGUCAAUUGAAUUAACAAAAUCAUCUGUGAUUCAAACCAAACAACAAGCGAAAGCUGAGCUUGCUACUAAAGAAGAUAUGAAGUGGAGAACACCAUGGCAUGAAAAGGAAGGCGAGUAUUACACAAUGCUGCGGUUUUACGAUGACAAGCCAGCCUCACCGUUUUUGCGUUUUGUCCAGCAACCUUUUGAUAUGUCUCCAAGUGCAUUCAAAGGUUGGUGGGCCAAGAAAAAGGAGCGAGAAGCCAUUGCACUCCAGCAAUAUCUACCAGAAAGACAUGCAAUGCUUGGUAGUGAAUUGGCAGCAGCCCAUUUUCUCGUUCACAGAGGCGCGGCUGUGAAAUUCUUUGGUGAUGACAAGUGGAUUAAAGCCAAUGCACUCAAUGAUUAUGAACUGCCCAAAAAGUAUCAGGAUGAUUUGUAUCUACAGGCAAUUGAUUGCACUGAUGUAGAGUUAUAUUAUGAGGGUAUGGUGAAUUUAAAGAAUUUGAAGAGUCUGGAGUGGCUGAGUCUGAAUGGGUGUGAGAAAUUGGAUGAUUGGGCACUGGAUAGAAUUGGAAACAUUUUUAGUCAUUCACUGCUGUAUUUGGACCUUAGAAAUAUUCCUGAUAUUACACACAGGGGUAUUGAGGCUCUGUGCAAGUUGGAACAUUUGAAGAUUUUGUAUAUUGAUGAUAUCUUUGCUUCUAAAGAGUUUGAAAUGACUUGUUUAUUGUUACAAGAACAUAAUCCCAGUUUAGAUAUACGAAUUGAGUAUUAAUAUGUAUAUUGUAUGGAUAACAAUAAAGUUGUUAAAUUAUUGAAUAACUUA